AAAGUCACUCUCUGUGUUUAUUGCACGUGUUGCGAGCGGCCGCGUACAUGUUACACGAGAACACGGCUCUAUAACGUACAUCCUGGAUGAAGACUUACAGAAAUGUUCAAAGGGGAAAAAACUGCCGCGAAUGAAUAUCAAGUGCUCUCGUAUAUAAUGAUGUAUUUUCAGCCUCAACAGUGAAAUGGAACUUUAUGGGUGUUUCAUAAUCGGAUAUAUUUCAAAUUAUCAGUGGAGUAUUUGUGUGUUGUACCGUCGGUAUCAAAGUGAUUCACUUCUGCCGAGAUUUCAGAGUUUGUGGAAUGGAUUACACAUCACAUAACUGGUCUUAAGUACCGUGGCGUUAAAGUUUGGACCUACAGGGAGGGUACACCUCUCCUGGUCGGCCGGACUGUCCUAGAGGGAGGGUGAACAGAAUUAUAUAGAAGAUGAGAAGCCCGUGUCAAAGGUGUAUUGCCUUUGAGCGUUGUGUUUAGUAAUUUGUUACAUUCUUGUCACUACGUGACCGAUACAAUCAGCCCCGUCGCUCGGUGAUGGAUGCCGCCCCGUAUGAUAAUGUGGAAUUCCCCAUCAGGAGGCCCCUUGGGACCCCCGCCACGUGGCCAGGUUCCGAUCAUGUCAUCAUGUCCAUUAAAUCUCCCAGCCCUAAGACAGCUAAACCUAAAACGGAGUCUAAAUUGUCACCUGUCCUGGAGGGGGACGGAAAUGAGUUUAUUGAGGAGCAAGCAGAACUCCCGUCAGUUCAGGAACAACGACAGGUGGCGCAAGUGUCCAAUCAGCGCGACAAAAAGGAAACGGAAAUCACCGUAAACAAAGGUGUAACACUUGUCAACUCCAAUCAGACGAAUCGUCCGCCUUCUACACUGAAGACCACCAGUUCCUCGUCUGCCAGCACCUCUGAGACACAUACAUUAGUACCUUUCGGUGCUAAAACGACGAUAUCGACAACGACGAAGCCGACGACACCUUCUUCGGUAAUUCCGCCCACAACAAUGGACAGCAACGGUAAGAUUGGGUUUGUGAUUAUUGAUGAACCUCGGCCCUUCAAUCAGGACUUCUCACGUCUAGACCUGAAUCCUUCCUCUCAGCUGGUAUUAGAACAGGCGUAUACCAAACAGCGGAAGUUCUACAAGCUGAACGACUGUCUCCUCGCUCAGGGGGAAGACAUGCGUCAAGAUGUGUGGCAAGCUAAAGGUCGUCCCGGGGAGCUACUUACCUACGAACAGCUCUUACAAGGGAUGUUGGAGGAGGGAGAAGUGUUGGUCCUUGGAGGGGCGUGGCUCUACUUCACUCAUCUUGACUUCCUGGACAAGGAGUGCAAGACCAAGGUCAAGCCGUCCAUAGGCAAGGGCCGGAUAUGUCUAACAGACCGGAAACUACUCAUUUUAUCAGCGGAAGCUAAUGAAGACGCUACGUUGUCGGAGUUCGGAGAGGGGAGUCCAGCGUCACAUAGCGGUUACAAGCUAGAACUCUCAAAGUACAACAGUACAUUCUACCAGAACGUGCCGCUCGGCUGUUUCCUCGGCGUGGAACUAGUAGCCAGCGUCGGAAGCUCCCUGGAGAGUCGCCUGACGGAACAGAAUCCACUGUGUUGCGGGCUUUGUUCGUGUCUAGGCGUAAGUUGUUUACAGAUUGACCGGUGCUCUACGACAUGGAGGUCAUCACGACCAAUGCCAGUUCCGGUCAACAUCCGAACCAUCCGGAUGGGAAUAAGCAUGCCACCCUGGCAUACAGAAACUAACGUGAUUGUGUAUAUUCACCCAGAAAUGCCACUAACAGCUGCCAGGGACUUUGUGGCACAAAUUCACCAUCACGCGCCUUUGUUACAUUAACAAAGGUCAAGGCCAUCACUGUAUAUAAUGGUAGACAAAAAUUACAUUUAGAUGAUCACAUGCGAAUGAAAAUACGUUUUUAAAUUAACGGCGUCCUACGAAAUAGUGUUGUAUCGGGUGCCAGGGCAUGUUUCAAAUUGACAGCUUGUAUGAAGAAAGGCCCUUUGGUGGUUUCUCCUCAAGAGACUCCUGGGGUACAUACGCUCCUCCCACUAGGAGGACGUCUCCUUUAUCAUAUGAAUGAUUGAAACUUCACGUAUGGAAUGCAGAUGGUAGUUGAAGCAGGCCGGACUAUAUUGAAAUAUAUACUGUGACAUUAAUUGUUACUAUAAAACCAGCUAUUUAUAUAAAAUAGCCAUUUCUUGAUACUAUUAUAUCGCAGUGAGUUUCCGAGCCAAAAUACAAAAUAUUUCAGCGCUUGCAUCAUUCGCCAUCUAGGCCAUUGUGCUAAACAUUCAUGCCACGUAUAUACACGUACCGUGGUGACGUCAUUAUGACGCGCGUGUGACUUAAAGGAUUUUUCUGUUAGCAUCAGCGAUGCAUGAUUAUAAUCCCAGUGUCCACCUUGUGAUACAAACAAAAAAUAUGGCGCCUGCCGGCCAUAUUGCCAUGGAAACAAGCAUUUGAUCUUAUGUGUGAACCACGCCGUUAAUUUGAUAUUUUAUCUACAAAUUUAAAUGUUUGUUAUUUUUUCGUUUGAAGCGUGGUACAACAAUAUAGGUGUGCAUGAUACUAGAGAUAAAUGUUGUUAAUUUUAUUAGAAGCUAUGUCAGGUAUUUGCUAUAUGGGCAGUGCUGGUCAUGAAUGUGUUUGCUUGGUAUGAUUUAGACAUGCUUUAUAGUUUAUUCAUAAGAUAUUAGUAUUUGCUGUGUUAAGUAGCUGUAAAAUACAUACUAUGAAAUAUCGUCAUUAUCCUAUAAAUGUUUAAUUCAUGAAACUUUAUCUGGUCAAUGUAAUUUCACAUAAUGUCAGCCGGUUUUAUCUAAUUAAUGUUUAAUUUGUCAAACUUUAUCUGGUCAAUGUAAUUUCACAUAAUGUCAGCCGGUUUUAUCUAAUUAAUGUUUAAUUUGUCAAACUUUAUCUGGUCAAUGUAAUUUCACAUAAUGUCAGCCGGUUUUAUCUAAUUAAUGUUUAAUUUGUCAAACUUUAUCUGGUCAAUGUAAUUUCACAUAAUGUCAGCCGGUUUUAUCUAAUUAAUGUUUAAUUUGUCAAACUUUAUCUGGUCAAUGUAAUUUCACAUAAUGUCAGCCGGUUUUAUCUAAUUAAUGAUUAAUUUGUCAAACUUUAUCUGGUCAAUGUAAUUUCACAUAAUGUCAGCCGGUUUUAUCUAAUUAAUAUUUAAUUUGUCAAACUUUAUCUGGUCAGUGUAAUUUCACAUAAUGUCAGCCGGUUUUAUCUAAUUAAUGUUUAAUUUGUCAAACUUUAUCUGGUCAGUGUAAUUUCACACAAUGUCAGCUGGUUUUAUCUUAUUAAUGUUUAAUUUAUCAAACUUUACCUGGUCGUUGUGAUUUCACAAUGUUAACUGGUUUAAUCUUAUUAAUGUUUAAUUUAUCAAACUUUACCUAGUCGUUGUAAUUUCACAAUGUUAACGGGUUUAAUCUUAUUAUUGUUAAAUUUAUCGAAUUUGAUGUGGUUAAUGUAUAGCUAGCUUUAUCUUGUCAGUCAAAUGGAAGAUUUUAUAUGCAGGGAAACAUUAAAAAGAAAAUCUUGGCACUGCAAUAAAGUAAAAAACUUGUUACAUAUGUUCUAUGUCAGAUAAUCAAUUUAUUUUCUCAACGUUUUCGACACUCACAAGUGACAGAAAAAUAACUAAUGUCUUUUUCUUUAUAUUAUAAUAGCACAAAAUGUACGAUGAUACCAUAUAUUUUCUAUUAAAAAUUGUCUCAGAUUGGAGGCUCCACAGCAACUUCGAUAGAUAUAUCGAGAGCGAAAGUAUUUUGCAGAUGAUAUGUAGCAAUGAAUUUGAACUUAUUUGCGUUUGAAACCUCAUUAAAGUGAAAUUUUGAUAUUGUCAAAGAUUUAAUCAGAACGGAUCAAUUUUUUAAAGAUAAUCUCAAUCCUUAUCAAAUAUGAUAGAGAUCUGUUUUAAUCAACGACUGAGUUAUGUAAUUCCAUGAAUCCAGUCGUGGUCAUGUUCAAUUUGUGAUGACCUUUACUAGUAUCGAAGCAAAAACGUUCUGGCUUUUAAAUGCCAAAGGUCAUUCACCUUUAAAGCCAGUAUUGUCGGACCUUAUCGGGAUUUUGGUUUGAAGCAUGCUGUCAUGCAUUUUGCCAGUACGUUAAUGUAUAUAUCUAAUGUUUAUCGGGAGCCAUACAGGAUUUCGUGUAGAGAUUUUGUGCCAACAUGUAUACAAGUUGUUGCAUACUUCCACCGGCUACCCGCGAAGAAUGUUCAUAUCCACUUACAGGAAAUUAAGUUUAAAAUGACGCCAUGUAUAAUUUUCUAGUUUUGAAAAUUUAGAGUUAGAAUUAUAUUUGUGAAAUUGAAGAUAAAACAGAAGCAUACAGGGGCCUAUUUGAUAUUUAGGAUUUUCCAUAUACAAGACACGUACAGAAUAUAUCUAUACUGUUUAAAAUUGCAAAUCAAUAUUUGUUUAUUGUGAUAACUAACGUCCAUUAAUUAUAUACACAUUAUACAAAGCAGUCCCUUUUUUCGGUGAUCUGAUACCGGAAAUGCAGGUUGUAUAUCAUAUUUUUGACAAUAUUGAAUAAUAUUAAGGAAAAUCAGAAUGAUAUAUAAUUUGAAUUAAUAACCAGUUGUAAUGAAUUUGCCUUAACAUAAGGCUGAGUCAGUAUUUUUGUAUCUAUUGUCUCCUUACGUCUAGGCUAUGCAAAUAUCAGGUUGAGGGUUAUUUACGUAAACCCUGUACAUUUGCAUAUCAUGUUUUCUGUCAGUUUGCCAUUAGUGUAUUAAACUAUCUGAUAUAUCAUUGAGCUAUCAUUUUUUCUCCACUUUAACGCUGCUGGUACUGUACAUGUUAAUGUCUAUUAUAUGUGCAAGCAGAUGGCUUAUCUUAAUUUCGGCCGAUUAUCGGAUUUUUCUAAAUGUAUAUUGUCUUAUUCUCAUGUUAUGAAUGAAAUUGCUGAAUAAAACGAGAAACGUGA